AUGCAUCUAGGUCUGUUGAUCCUCUUCAGCUUUGCGCUGCUCCAAGUGGAGGCCAAUCAUACCGAACUAAACCAUGUGCUGGAACGGGUAUUCUCUCGGCGGAAGCGCUUUGUACUAUUUCCACCUGGUUCCAAUUUGAAGUUCACAGGACAGCUAAGCAAGGGCCUCAUCUCGGCCUAUCCCAAAGGUGUGAACAUGAACAUCGAGCAGGCCUGCUAUUAUCCAGUGCCCACAAAGCGCGAGGAUGUCUAUCCUAAGCGAUAUCGCCAAAGGACCACCACCACGGAGAAACCAAAAACCACAACGGAACCCACUUAUGUCUGGAUACCGGGCACCAAUUGGCGUUUCAAAGCCACGCCCCUGAAGAAACCCAAUCCGAUUAGGCUGCACCAUCGUAUUGAUGUGAGGCCCCCGAAGCCAUCAUCGUAUGCUGAUCCUGGCAAGUGGGCUAAAUGGUCGAAGUAUGGCGAACAAUAUCAAGGAAAGUGGUCACCCGCUAAGCACAACUAUGAGAAGUACACUCAACCCGGCAGAUGGAGCAAGUGGACAACGGAGUCGCCCAAGUGGUCGAAACGCUGGUACAGAUCGGCUAAUGGAGAGUACUAUGAUCCCGAGGUGGAACCUUAUGAUGAUGUCAGGUCUGUGUCACGGCAGUACGAUCCCUAUGAUCCCGACAUGGCGCUACAUGAGCCGGCACACUAUCCGGAAUUAGACCACAUCGACGACUCGCGGCAUUACAAUGGCCACCGCGAUCGCAGGCAAUUGUUCGAGCACUUUGAUGGCUUCAGCAAGCUCCUGGGAAUCGAUGCCAAGGCCUGUGUCCUGAGAGCCAUUUGUGAUAGCAAACGACUGCUUCUGCCUAGAGGAUAUUCCAUGAUUCAAGAUAUCGUGCGGUUGGUUUUUACCUUGCCCACCUUAUCCGGCGUGGAGGAUGACUACUCCCGCAUCAUGCACAUGGAUGCUGAUGACUGCGACCGCCAGUUUCGGGACUCCUGCAAGCUUAACCUACUUGCCUGGCUUAUCGGUGGCGGCAAAUGGAAUUAAAUUGUAAUAAAAAACAAGUUUUCGAAGGGA